AUGGCAUAUCGAGGAGGUCACAUGCGUGGGCCGAACGAAGACUCGAAUUAUUUGGAACGACACAAUGACGACUUGGUAAAUGGAUUAUCAUCAAAAGUUGCCGCUUUGAAACGUGUAACAAUCGCUAUCGGAGAUGAUGUACGCGAGCAAAAUCGUCUUCUCAACGACAUGGACAACGAUUUCGAUUCUUCAAAAGGACUUCUUCAAUCCACAAUGCGCCGUCUUGGCAUUGUGAGCAAGGCCGGUGGAAAGAACAUGCUCUGCUACCUGAUUCUAUUCGCACUUUUUGUAUUCUUCAUCGUCUAUUGUCUGGCUCGCUAG